GAGGAUGAACAAGCAAAGGCAUAUCACAGUACGCAUUAAAGAAAUCAUUUUAAGAUGGAAAUCAUUUUAAUUCUCAUCAUUUUGGUAGCCUCCUCCUCUUCCUGCCAAGCGAUGUUCACUGAUCAAGUAGAAGGAAAACAGAAAAUUGAUAAGUUUGUGGUACGCUACCCACGAAAUGUCUGCUCCACAGGUGCGGUGCAGGACUGUCGUACUGAUCUGCCAGCAGGCAAGUUUACAAUCCACGGCCUCUGGCCGAAUGAAGUGUCCGAGCCAAUAAAAAGAACUUUCGAUAUAAAUCUUUUAAAAGGUCAACUCUUGAAAGACCUCGAAGAACAUUGGCCAGGUUUACAGAACAGCGCAAACACAAAUGAUUACUUAUGGUACCGCCAGUGGGUCAAACAUGGAUGUUAUUUCCACCUAGGUUCUGGUACUCAAGUUGAGUAUUUUCAGAAAGGAAUCGAUCUAUUUCGUACUCCAGUGAUAGAGAAAGCUCUGAGUCAACUCUUGAUUACAGGAAAAAAGUACGUGACUGUCGAUAUUCUUAAACAGCUCAAACAGAUAACGAACUUUAACCCUGCAUUGUCUUGCAAGGAUUCAACGCAAGGAAAUAUAAAGUUACUGGUCGAGGUAACGUUUUGUCUCGAAUCCGAUUUAAAAACUCUCAAGGAUUGCCCGGAUAAACCGAGUUGUGGAACAGAGUUUUAUGUAGAGACUACUGCACUCUCUCCUCCUCCUCCUCCUCCUCGUGCUGGAAUAACAGAGGAAGCCGUUGCUUCCUUCUAAUUCUCUUUGUAAGCCCCUAGUUGGGCCUUCUUUUGUGCUAUUAGGCAUGCAAAACUAUAUUAAUAUGUAUUGUAUUAGUUUAUGUAUUGUAUUAACUUGUACUGCAUUGUAUUGAUGUAGUACAAUAUUUUAUGCAUAACUGUAUUACACUAAAUAACAGAGGAAGCCGUUUUGCUUCCUUCUCUUUGUAAGCCCCUUGUUGGGCUCUUUUUUGUGCUCUUAGGCACACAAACGAUAUUAAUCUCUAUUGUACUAGUUUGUACUGUAUUAUAAUGUAUUCCAUUAUAUUGUAUUGAUAUUGUAUAAUA